UGUAAUGUUUUGUAUUUUAUAGAAUAGUCAGAACCAUCUGUUAAAUUAAGGGGGAAAACUAACUGGUUUGUCAACAGCCUUUGAUGUCUCAGAUCUUUCUGCUGACUGCUUGGGAGCGAGGUUGAAAUACUAAAUGGUUUAAGAAAGUUUGCGUGUUUGCUUUGAUGUCUUUUAUGUAAAGAAGUCUUGCUGUGGAAAAGUCUCGCAGAGGUGGACUGUAUCAUUUUUUUCGUUCCGAAGGCUCCAGCAACCAUAGAAUGAAGUGAAUGAAGAAGUGAACGGCAGGAAGUGGCAGCGAAGGCAGCUCCACACCUUUCCGGUGUAUCAGCGCCGCGACCGAAUCGGCUUUAAGACUGCUACUGGGAGAAUUAAUCGAAAGUCGGGGCCAGAACUGAGGGGGGCGAGACGUGGACUUUCCUGGUUGAGUGCAUGUGUUGCUGAGUCGCCGAGGACUUGCUUGUCGUGGAACUUCGUAACCGGGAAGGCUGUUGCGGAAAAACACCCUUUGGCCGAUUCGUGCCCAAGAAUGCCCAUCGUGCAACAGCUGCUGCCAAGUUUGUAACGAGUAACGAAGCAUGGUGUGAAAAGGCCCCGCUGACACGCUGUGCUCCUUUGAAUGUACAAGUCCAUGCGCCAGACAGCAUAGCAAGCAAGCUUUUGUAGUUAGACUCACCAUGAGAGUGUAUUUCUAACGUUGCUAUUGGGAGUCAUGCUUUCACCAAAAAGCCUGUAAUUGAACUGAAGCUCCUCUCUAAUAAGCAGAGUGCCCCUGCCUGAUUUUGUCAUUACCAGCAAGGUAUAUAUGCUGAAGAGUUGAAAAUGGGGAAAGUGCUCUCGAAGAUAUUUGGCAACAAGGAGAUGAGAAUAUUAAUGCUUGGACUUGACGCCGCCGGAAAGACAACAAUUCUCUACAAACUGAAACUGGGACAGUCCGUCACCACGAUCCCCACAGUGGGCUUCAACGUGGAGACUGUCACCUACAAAAAUGUCAAGUUCAACGUGUGGGAUGUCGGCGGCCAAGAUAAGAUUCGCCCCCUGUGGCGACACUACUACACGGGCACCCAGGGCCUCAUCUUUGUUGUGGAUUGCGCAGACAGGGAUCGCAUCGAUGAGGCGCGGCAGGAACUCCACCGAAUCAUCAAUGACAGGGAGAUGAGAGAUGCCAUCAUCCUGAUAUUCGCCAAUAAGCAAGACCUUCCCGAUGCCAUGAAGCCACACGAAAUUCAAGAGAAGCUCGGAUUGACACGCAUCCGAGAUAGGAAUUGGUAUGUUCAACCCUCAUGUGCGACCACGGGUGAUGGACUCUAUGAGGGCCUGACAUGGCUAACCUCUAAUUACAAAUCUUAAUGAUUGAGUGCUGACUGUUUUAGGUCAAAACUAUAAUAAAGUUGCAAAGAACCUCUCCAAUGAGUAUGGUUAAGUACAAAUUGAUUAGCCUCAUUUAUUUUUUAAUACUGCAAUUACCCCAUGACUAAUUUAUCUGCAGAUUGGAGUGCUGGUUUAAAAUGCUUGUCACAUGUAGCAGACAACUAGCUCAACAUUUUAGGACUUAUUGAAUAUUCAAAAAAUUGGUUCGAUUGUGGAAGCCACAAACAGUUCACCACCUUUGCCUGUUGUUUUUCCUGUUUUCUAUGAUUUUUCCAAUGACGCUGAAUUUUUCUGCAUUCUUCGGCUGGGGUUCUUUCUAUUUUUGCUUGUUUUCUGUUAAAGGAGAUCUUGAAUGCUUAUGGACCUUGACCCAGUACUAUGGUGAAUAGUACCUGUUUGAAAGGUAUCAGUUACCGCAAAUGAGAGUAUAUCCCCAUUGCCAUCUGUCUUGACUUGAGAGAAGAAAUACUUCAUUUCAUUAGCCCUCUCGCUCAAUUCCCUCAUGUGGGCUAUAUAGUUAACUGAUGUCUCAUGUCUUGAUACCUAAAUGUGCUGAGUAUUCAACAAAUGGGCCUCCAAAUACUCUUAACAUGCUUGUUGGGAUGUUUUUUUUCAAGUUUUGGGGGAGGAAACACACACUCUCUCCAAGGGAAUGUCCUUCAGCUCAGAGUUCCCUCAAUCUGAUAUUGAUUAGCCUCAGUAUUGGGAAUUAAUAUAAUGGCCUCUAUCUGUAGCAUGAAUUGCAUCAAACCCCCACCAGGGACCUGUCAUGCAGUCAGAAGUGUGCUGCUGCUCCUGUUUUGAUCAGGGUGGGGCGAGGGAUCCAUGUACAGACCUUGUCAUUGUAAUGUCUUAUUAAAAAAAGUGAUUUCAAA